ACUGUCAUGGUUCUUCUGUAUCGUCAUCAAUAUUGAUACUUGCCACUAUUGACUUUUUACUUGUUUGUGUUUGUGCUACUUGAGUUUCAGAUACACAAAAUCAAAUCAUCAUAAUAAUAUGAAGAAACAAAAGUUAUUUAUAUUUCUAGCUUUUAACUUCACAUUGUUUCUGAGAAUUGUACACUCUGUAGUUCCACAACAACAAGUGGAAGCUUUUGAAGAUAUAAUGAGAUUAAUGGGUGCAACACAUUGGAGAUUAAAUGGUAACUCGUGUAAACUUGAAUUGAUCUCUAACUUGGAAAAGCCCCAUCCGGAAGCUGAUGCCAGUGUCGAAUGUGACAUUGAAUGUACCAAUCAAAAUACGACGGACUGUAAUAUCGUCACGAUUGUACAUAAAUAUUAUAGUCUUGGUGGCGUCCUUCCACCCGAUCUCAUAAAGCUUCCUUACCUUCAUAAAAUAGAUUUUGCUUAUAAUUACCUUGGCGGCACAAUACCGUCUGAAUUAGGUUCAACGCUGUUGCAGUCAAUCUCUCUUCUAGGAAACCGGUUUUAUGGGGAGAUACCAGGCGAAAUUGGCAAUAUUACCACUUUAACAUAUUUGAACCUUGAAGCAAACAACUUAUCUGGGAGUAUUCCUUCUGACCUGGGCAAAUUAAUUAAUUUACAAUCAUUGAUCUUAUCUUCAAAUCAGUUGACAGGAAUGUUGCCAGGAUCCUUAUCUGAAUUGAAAAACUUGACAGAUUUUAGAAUAAGUGACAACAACUUCAGAGGGUCCAUACCUACUUUCAUACAGAAUUGGAGACAACUGAUUAAACUAGAAAUAAUUGGAGCUGGCUUGCAAGGACCAAUUCCUUCAUCUAUUUCCCUUCUUCAUAAUCUAACUGAUUUGAGAAUCUGUGAAUUAAGUGGACCAACUCAGGCUUUUCCACCACUGAAUAACGCUAAUGGCUUAUUGACAGUUGUCUUGAGAAGCUGUAACAUUUCUGGAGAGAUACCUGCUUAUAUUUGGCAAAGACGAGAUCUUCAGUUACUGGAUGUAAGCUUUAACAAAAUGACGGGGGGAAUAUCGCCUGACAUCCUGGGUAGGAGCUUACGCUACGUGUUUUUGACGGGCAACAUGUUAAGUGGAGAUAUACCAGACUCACUUUUGAUAGAAGGAGCUACCAUUGACUUGUCAUACAAUAACUUUACAUUGCAAGGACCUGAUCGACCUACAUGCCGUGAAAACAUGAAUUUAUAUCUAAACUUGUUUAGGAGCUCUUUCUCGGGGAACUCAUUACAGGAUAUACUUCCUUGCACAAGAAAUGCCAAAUGUUCGAGAUAUGGAUGUUCCUUGCAUGUUAAUAGUGGUGGAAAUGAUUUGAAGGUAAGAGAAAACAAUCGCGAAGUUCUCUAUGAAGGAGAUGCCGUAUUUGACGGUGGUGCAGGAAGUUUUCAUACAGGCGCUAAUAAUUGGGGACUAAGUAGCACUGGGGAUUUUCUGGAUGACAAUAUCCAAACAAAUCGUUAUGUAGAAUCUUUGCAGAACUCAACAGACUUAUUUUCUGUUUACACAACAGCACGACUCUCUCCACUCUCUCUUACAUAUGUCAGCUAUUGUUUGGAAAAUGGUGAUUACCUUGUUAAUCUUCAUUUCGCUGAAAUUCAAUAUACUAAUGACAGUACGUACAAAAGUCUUGGCAGACGGAUUUUUAAUAUAUAUAUUCAGGGACACCUUGUAAAAAAGGACUUCAAUAUUGAAGAUGAGGUUCCAAUAGGAAGCCCACUCGUAGUACCCUUCAAUGCAAGUGUGAUAAACAACACCCUUGAGAUACGCUUUUACUGGGCUGGUAAAGGGACAGCACGUUUUCCAAAAAGAGGACGUUAUGGGCCCCUCGUAUCAGCUAUCUCUGUUAACCCUUAUUCUAAAGUGUGUUCAGUUGGUGGUGGGAGGAAGAACACAGUUGCUUAUGUUGGUUUUGCAAUAAUGGGGUUGUGUCUUCUUUUGAUAAUAUUGGGUAUCUUGUGGUGGAAAGUGUUUUCAAAAGACAGAAAAAGGAAUGAUAGAGAUUUUGAAGGGCUGGAGUUAAAAACAAUAUCAUUUUCCUACAAACAACUCAAAAUUGCAACGCGAAACUUCAAUAUCACUAGCAAAAUAGGAGAAGGCGGCUUCGGACCUGUUUACAAGGGUGCAUUACGUGAUGGAACCGUAAUUGCUGUAAAGCAGCUUUCUUCUCGUUCAAGGCAAGGAAAUCGCGAAUUCUUGAAUGAAAUUGGUGUCAUAUCUUGUUUACAGCACCCAAAUCUUGUAAAGCUUCAUGGAUGCUGUAUUGAAGACGAUCAGUUACUGCUCGUAUAUGAGUACAUGGAAAACAAUAGCCUUGCCAACGCUCUUUUUGAAAAUAAAACUGGAUUACUGUUGGAUUGGACCACAAGAUUUAAGAUCUGUAUUGGGAUUGCUAGAGGUUUAGCAUUUCUUCAUGAAGAAUCACGACUCAAAAUUGUACAUAGAGACAUAAAAGCCACUAAUGUUCUUCUUGAUAAAGAUCUGACUCCAAAAAUAUCAGACUUUGGAUUGGCUAGGCUAGAUGAGGAUGAGAAGACCCAUGUCAGUACACGAGUUGCCGGAACAAUAGGAUACAUGGCACCAGAAUAUGCACUUUGGGGUCACUUGAGUUACAAGGCGGAUGUAUACAGUUUUGGAGUUGUGACUUUGGAAAUCGUGAGUGGCAAGAACAACAACAAAUAUAUACCAAUGGAUGAUAGUGUUUGUCUUCUAGAUUGGGCCUGUCGUUUGCAUUCUAAUGAACAAUAUGAGGAACUAUUUGACGAGAGACUAGGGUCUAAAAUCAACAAAGAAGAAGCAGAAAUAGUUGUGAAAGUGGCACUAUUGUGCACAAAUGCAUCACCUCACACAAGGCCUACUAUGUCCGAGGUAGUGAGUAUGCUUGAAGGAAGAAUAUGUGUCCCUGAAGUACCUCAUGAAGUCGGUCGUCAUUUUGAAGAUUUGAGAUUCCGAACGAUGAGGAGCCAAAAUGAGGGUGAACACACAGGAAGUAGUGUGUCUCAAUAUUCUGCUGCUGUUCAGAACGAUGCACGUUUUUCUGCUACAACCUCAAGUGAUCAGUUUGAAGUCCAAUCAGUGGACACAAGAUCAUACUAAAAAAUAAAACCUUGUGAUUAUGUCGGAGAAAAUGCAAGUUUUGGUAAAUGUAAAUUAAUGUACUACGAGUAUUUUGUUGUACAAUAUAACAGUGAUGUUGUCCAUACAUCGUUGUCAAUAGGUUAUGUUGUCAUCUAUGAUGCAAAGAACAUCUAUUUUUGCUAAAGCUACGUUGUAAUUAUUGAUUAUUAGCAUUGUAUUUGAUAGUUUUGUUGAUCA